UUGUGGGCGCAAAAAAGAGGUGAGACAACAUGCCUCAGUUGUCGGGCGGCGGCGGCGGGGACCCGGAGCUGUGCGCCACAGACGAAAUGAUCCCAUUCAAGGACGAGGGGGAGCCGCACAAGGAGCAAAUCUUCGCCGAGCUCAGCCACUCGGAAGAGGAGGGAGACCUGGCGGACAUCAAGUCAUCGCUGGUCAACGAGUCCGAGGGAAGCCCCAACAGUAACAGCCACGAUGGGGUGAGACAGUCCCAAGAUUCAUAUCAUGAAAAGCACAGAGAGCAUCCCGACGAUGUCAAACAUCAGGACCUGUACAGCAAAGGCCACGCAUACCCGACCUACCCCAGCUACAUCAUGAUGGGCAACAUGAACGACUCCUACAUGACCAAUGGCUCCAUCUCACCGCCCAUGCCCAGAACGUCCAACAAAGUUCCCGUGGUGCAACCAUCCCACGCCGUCCACCCGCUCACCCCGCUGAUCACGUACAGCGACGAGCACUUCGCGCCGGGUUCCCACUCCGGCCAUCACCCUCAGGAUACCAAACCGCAAGGAAUGUCCAGGCAUCAUCCGGGACCAGACAUGGCCAACUUCUACUCUCUGUCUCCGGGGGGAGUGGGACAGCUCACGCCGCCACUGGGAUGGUUCUCCCACCACAUGGUCCCGGGACCGCCGGGCCCUCACGCCACGGGGAUUCCCCACCCGGCCAUCGUCAACCCCCAGGUCAAACACGAGCCCCUGCACGAAACCGACAUCAUGCACAUGAAACCCCAACACGAACAGCGGAAGGAGCAGGAGCCCAAAAGACCGCAUAUCAAGAAGCCGCUCAACGCCUUCAUGCUCUACAUGAAAGAGAUGCGCGCGAACGUGGUGGCCGAGUGCACGCUGAAGGAGAGCGCCGCCAUCAAUCAGAUUCUAGGACGGCGGUGGCAUGCGUUAUCUCGGGAAGAGCAGGCUAAGUAUUAUGAGUUAGCCCGCAAGGAACGACAGCUCCACAUGCAGCUCUACCCAGGAUGGUCUGCCCGAGACAACUAUAAGAAGAAGCGGAAGCGGGAGAAGAUCCAGGAGUCGGCCGCAGGUACGGGGCAGAGAAUGAAAACGGCGUACAUCUGAGAAAAUGGAGGAAAACGGAGCAACUUUCCCACGUGCGACGCGAAGGCGGCCGCCGCGGGGCCUCUGCUCGAGAUGGAGGCCUGCUAAGAAGAUUCCACGAAGACCCUCAGUGGAUCGAUCCCCCCCCCCCCCUACACUUCUCACCUCGGCACCCCCCCCCUUGAAAGCUACACCCGCCCCCUGCUGGAAAGACACUGAACUGAACACGACAAUCACUACCGCUCACGUUUUCACUCAAAAGUGUUCACGUGUGUCACUUCCUGUACACACACGCGCACAUAAACACAUACCACCUGCACACUCCAACUAAGUUAUUAUAAGUUAUUAGUCACCUCUUUGUUCGUUUUCGGGAGGCCGACGGCCCACGACAGAUUAAUUCCACUUUUAAAAGAUACUACCCAAUACUACAACGUCUGCGAUAUUUUUUCCGAGGGUCAACAUUCCCGCUCCCCCGCCCCCACCGGAGUCCAGCGACCAUUUUAGCGAGGCUCAACAUUCCCGCUUUCUUCACUGGAGUCCAGUGACCUUUUUUUGGGGGCGGGGGGGUUCCCGCCCCCUCCUAACAAACGGGCCAAUCACCUCUUGUAGAUUGCACUAAGGAACAUGUGAGGGAUCUCAUCUCAUCUCAAUGCUUUUUAAUUUUUUUUUUUUUUUAAAUAAAUUGGACCACUCGCUUGGUCGAAAAGAUCAACAUUUUCUUGCUUUUUUUUUGUUUUUAAUUUUUUGAUGUACAUUUUUUGUUUUUUAUAUAUAUAAAUAUAUAUAUAUAGUGCGAUACAUUAACAUAAGCUUUGAAGCCAUUUUGUUUUCCUUUCUCGGGAGGCUUUUUUUUUUAUAAAUAUUUUAAACCCAUGCUCUGUGCGUGUGUGUGUGUGUACUUUUUCCCAGGUUCUUUUUUUUUUUUUUUUUUUUCUUGGUCCUUUUUCAGGCGACAUGCAACAGUGACUCUUAUAUUUUAUUAUUUUAAAUCGAUGGACAAGCAGACAAAUGAAGCAGAUCUCUAUUUACCCCAGCACUUGGUAGUCUCUCUUCCAUUGCAAUGGACCUCCCCCCCCCGUAGCAAAAUAGUGAGCUCUUCCGUUUGUUUUUUUUGCCAUCACAACCACCACGCAAGCAUCUCUGUGAUAUUUUCUCUAUUUUACUAUUGCUCCGCAACGACCAUAAUGAUGAAAUUUAUCCCGUGUUGAUAUGAUUUGGGGUCGCUGUCGUCUUGGGAGGAGCGCUUUUGCUUCCCGAGUGGUUGUCUUUGAACAGUUUCCACGUUUCUGUUUUUCUAAAAAAAAAAUAAAUAAAUAAAAAGGCACCAUUUGAUCACUCGUGUGUGUUGGUAAUGGAGGUGUGGAAGUGCGGGAUGACAGUUGAACAUUUUCAGCAACAGAUUUUGUAGAUUUUCUGAGGAGGAUUCUGAUUACCAGUUUUUGAUGCAUAACGUUCUUCUACAUAAUGCCCUUUGUGCAUAAAAUGUGUCUUUUGUCGCAAAAAUAUGUUUAAGUUCAUGAAUGCAUGACUGUGCUAAAAUAAAUGUUUCUUUCUGGUAAAUAUAAAAAAUUAGGGUGGAUCAACUGGUAAAGUAUUGGCCUCACAGUUCUG